AUGUCUGGAGGAGGCGACGCUACCCUUUUCGAGGAGACCUUUACGGUCACCGACUACGAUCAGUCCAAGUAUGAUCGCGUUGCCCGCAUCUCUUGCACAUCGAGCGACUCGCAGACGAUAAUGGUCCUCGACAUCAACAUUGAGCUCUUCCCUUGCUUCACCUCCGACACACUCCACGUUAUGCUUAGCACGACGCUCUCUCCCGAUGGCACAAAAGAGGAGGACAACAAGGGCUGGCGAGAUGUCGGCAAGGCUGGUGAUGCUCCCGCCACGCUCGCCGAUCUCUACGACUACGUUUGCUACGGAAAGAUUUACAAGUUUGAGGAGACAUUUGACGGCACAACAAUUAACGCCUACAUCUCCUACGGCGGUCUUCUCAUGUCUCUCCAGGGACCUAUCAAGAAGCUGACCCCCCUGCGAGUCGACAACGUGUAUUUAUUAAUCAAAAAAUAA